UUUCAUAAUAUUUCCAGCAUUUUUCCAUUUAAAUAUCACCAUACCUACUCAAUUAUCGAAGUCAAUUAUUGAAUCCAACAAUCAACAUUGCUAUUAACAAACUAAUUUAAGGCCGGCUGCGAAUAAUAUUUUUCUACAUAAACGACAUACUCCCUCAGUCUCAUAAAUGGUCAAUUCUCUUAACUGUGGUUUUCUUUUCAUAUGUUUACACAAAUCAAUACAAUUUGUCCAGCUUAGUAACAACAACAAAGAAUCAAAGAUUAAAAAAGUUGAGAAUUCCCAUAACCACCCUCAAAAUAUGGGAUUCCACCCGAUCGAUGUCAUUGAAAAUUAAUAUUUCAGGCAUGCCAUUGUUAUUUGUUAUACUACCGUUAAUCGAUACACCACGUGAUUAGCAAUUUCAUUUCAUCCCACAAUUUCAUAAGUCAAAACCCUCCCUCUUCACCACCGCUAUCUCCUCCCUCUUCACCACCUAUACCUCUGCCGCCGCCACUAGCUCUCCACUAUUUAGGUGAUGGCGGCUUAUGGUGCUGCGAUUUCUCUCAAGAAUACCAUUAACAGUAUUCUAAAAUCAUCUCGCAUUUCACUGGUUCCUGCCUCUUCUAUACAAGUCUUACGACCUGCCUACGAGGCCAUGGAUCGCUUGCUGACUGCUCUGUCAAAGUUGGACGACACCGGCUACAGUAAGAUCAGGACGAAGGUGAAUGCUUUGGAUGAACGAAUCAAAGAGGCCGUAUGGGAAUUCGAAGAUUUACUAGAAUCUCAUUUCUAUGAUCAGAUUCUUCCACAACUCGAAAGUGAGAGAGGUCACUUGUCUUUCUCGGUAGAUCUGCAGAGUCUGCAGCAGAGUGUUGAUUGCUUCAUCCAGAGGGUCGCGGUGAUGGAGUUGGAGUAUGAUAUUGAAGUGGCGAAUAUGCCUGAAGAAGAAGGCGAACCUAUUGCAUCAAGGAUUGAUUUUGGUGGAAUCAGCUCAAACAUGGUUGGAUUAUCUCAGUUUUUUGAAGAUACUAGGAAUUAUUUUCUUGGAGAAGAUGAAGGGAAUUGCUUAUCAGUUAUUGGGAUGGCAGGGGUUGGAAAGACGACCAUUGCUAAGAAAGUAUUUGAUGAUCCAUUGAUUCAGAGACAGUUCGAGCUUCGAGCAUGGGUCAGAGUGGGUAGAAAAUGUGAAUCCAUUGAUGCCUUCGAUGUGUUCUUGCCCAAGUGGAUCCCAGCACUCGCCACCAGAUGCUUACCCAAGCAGACGGCAGUCAUGACGACUGGAAAUUAGUUGAACUCUUGAAAGAGAGAUUGAAGGAUAAGAAAUGUCUCAUUGUGUUGGAUGAUGUAUGGAAAUGGGAUACACGAUUCAUGGAUAACUUGCCACGAGAGAAUGUCAGAAUCUUGCUUACAAGCCGACAAAGAUUUGAAGAAUCUCCAUAUAAACGAGUACGCUUGUUGAAUGAAGAAGAAAGUAAGAAAUUAUUUGGUGAGAUGGUAUUUGGUGAAGUGGGUUUCCCUCCUCACCUUGAAGAAUUGGGAGAGAAGAUUGUCAAAAAGUGUGAAGGUCUUCCACUUAUGAUAGUCACAGUUGCUAAUCUCCUAUCCAAAGAAGACAAGACACCAAAAUUUUGGACCGAGGUAGCAGAGAAACAACAUAAUUCAGUCUUUGUGGAUGCAUAUGAUCAGAUAGCAGAGGUACUUUUCCCAAGCUAUGAAUACUUAGAUCAAUAUUUGAAAAUGUUCUGUCUCUAUUUGGGAGAUUACCCUUCACACAACGAUAUCUACAGUAAGGAAUUCAUUCAUCAGAUAAAUGCGGAGGGAUUUUUUGAAUCAUAUAGCGUGCACACUCUCUUUGAAUAUAUAAAUAAAUGCUUGAAUAUGCUUUCUCAUGUGUAUCAUCUUGUUCUACAUGAAAGCAAUAUGAGUUCCUGGUUUUCAGAGAACAAGUUAAGCGUGCAUUCUUGCUGGCAGCACCUGUGUAAGAAAGAAGCUAGUAAGAUCAUGUUUUUACAUGUUAUACAGUUGCGGUGAUGUUAUGAAAGACUAGCGUCGGUUGUGUGCGCAUUGCAACACUUUAUUUUCCUUCGAACAAGUGUAUGAUGCAAUAAAAAGUGAUUGUGCGUCCACUGCCCGUUCUCUACUUUGUUAUGGUCCUUACCAUGAAUAUCCAAUUCCAAUACAUGCCAUGGAUUUCAAGUUGCUUAGGGUACUAAAAACUGUUCAAGUUCGACUUUACCAUAUCCCACUUGAAAUUAUGAAACUAGUUUGUCUAAAGUUUCUUUCCCUAACAUGCAACAAAGAGCUCCCUGCUUCCAUAUCCAACCGUAUUCAACUUCAAUCGGAAGAGACCUACCAACCCCUAAUUCUGAUGCUACUUUAGAAAAGCUCUCUUGUCUUUAUGGUGUUAGUGCAAAGAGUUGCACUAGAGAAAUUCUGAAAAGAAUCUCUAAUUUAAACGUAUUAAACAUUGUGCUGGAGUUGAAGCCUUACGAUGAUGACGAUGAUAUCAACCCACUGAGUGGCUUGGAAUAUAUCUCAACAGAACUCCAUAAUUUGGAAAUGCUUAUCUAUUUUGUGUCUAACCCUGAGAUGAGGUAUGAGUGUAUGGUUCCUCUUUCAAUGUUCUCAUCAAGUUCGAAGAGGAUGGGGUUGUGUGGCUUAGGGUGUUCAUGGAAGCACAUGAAUGACAUUGGUUCGCUGCUACCAAAUCUUGAGAAUCUCUCUUUAGAACACUAUGCCUUUCGAGGCCCAGAGUGGGAGAUAGAAUCAGAUUGUUUUUUGAAACUCGAGACACUUAUAAUUGAGGAUAGUGAUCUGGUGCGAUGGAUAGCUCAACAAGGAAGCCUCCCAAGGCUUGAGCUCCUAAGGGCAUUGCUACAAAUUACAACAACUCGAUUGGGCACGUGAUCCCUCAAUGGUCUCAACGGCUGCAAUCGAAUUAGUUGAGUGCAAUCCCUUAGUCGUCGCUUCUACCAAGCAAUUCCCAGAAUCUCUCUUUACAGUUCGUUGCCACUCUUCUUUUUGAGAUGAGAAGUCGUUGCUAGACUCUCAACUUGGCUAACAGGCAACUGAGAGAGAGAGAAAAAGGAUGUCAAACGCUGUGUCAACGAUUGUGAAUUCUUGAUUUUGUUGAGGAUUCUGAAACCUCAUGGCUGGAUAAUGUUUGAAUAUUUAUGUAAUGGUUAAUUAAAGGGAUUGUUGAAAUUGUAAUUUCUGUGACUUGACUAUUUCUGUAAUGGUUUCGACUCUUCUUGUAAUUCUUGUUUCAGUAACUUGUGAAGAUAUUUUUGCUGUUGUUCGUUCUGUUA